UGCUGUGCUGUGGUUAAAAUGACAGGUUGUUUAUGCUACUGGGCAAUGGUAGAGAUCUGCUCCAGAGGCUGAUCAAACCUUGAAAACCUAGAAAAUAUAAUAGCAUUAUAUUUUUAGCAGUCGUGUAGUCAUAAAAAAAGAGUCAAAAUCAGUAUAAAUAAUGUUAUUCAAUGUUAUACAACUAACUUUAUGGGCUAUAGGCCUAUGUUUGACAUUUGAUACUACUGGGGCCCCACUCUAACUUUGGCUUUCAGAUUUACAUACCAAGCUGAAAAAAUAAAACUCUCAACAUAGCUUUUAUAAACCACUUGUUAUAUAUCCUGAUCCAUCUAUAAUUAUCUUAAAUUUAAAGUCUGCACUAUCUGUUGAUUUCGUAUAUUAACAAAGACAUGUUUGAUUAGACCUAACACUGUGCUGUUCAGAAUAUUUGAUAGAGUUGGAAAGCUUCUUGGAAGGUCAGAUUAGAGUCGGGUCCACACAUUUCAUUCUCAAAAUAUACAACCUGAAAGUGUCCUGGUACUUUCUGCAGCACAUAUCCAGGAGUGCUUGAAAUGACAUAGUAAAAUGUCCUUCCUGUAGUACAAUGUUUGCUGAAAAGCACUGGACAAUGCAAAUCUAGAUUUAGAGCAACUUUACUUGACAUUUCAGGAUGUUUCUGUAAGCCAGUGAGAGAGUAAGAGACAACAAAAUGACGUUACUCCCUAUUGUGAUGAAUGCUUCCUGCCACAGCAUUGAUUCUGGCCAUUUAAAUAUGGUCUAUUUUGCUUAAUACUAUUACUAAUAAAGUUAUGAUAUCAUCAUGCAGCAUUUGAAUGUUAAUUAAAUAUCACAAUGGGGUCAAUUCAGUAUGAUUUAGGUUAGGACAAUUCAGUUUUACAACAAAUACGUAACUGAUAAGGCUUUACAUCCAUCAAAUCGGAAGUGGUUGAUAACAUUGACAGACUCCUAUGUGACUUUUUGGAAAUAUCAAACCAAUCCAUCAAUCUAUAUACUGUACCUUUCUUCUAAUGAUUUCUCAGUCUCCAUCACUGCUGUGAAAGCUUACUAUGUGUAUGCCCUGGCCAUGCUUAAAUUAUUCAUAAAAAGUGAAAGAACAGGUGCAGGGGUGGGUUAGGGAUAGAGGCAGAAGAGUGAACUGGGAAUGUGAAAAGAAGGAAAGUAGAGCACAGUGGAAAGCUUGGGAUACUCUGUGGAGUAGCUCAGUGUUCUGAUGCACAUCAUCAGUGUUGUAUCCUGGAGUCAUUGGGUGUUUCAGGUCUUGCAACACUCUUGUCCAGGUGCCCCGACAAAAGUUUACUAGGACUCGGCUUGUGUCCAAGUGGCUUUCUACUGACCGCACUGACUAUACGACGCUUGAAAACAUGUUUUUCUUUCUAAUAGCAGGUUCAAAGGAGAGAUAGCUGGUUAAGCAGAUACAGUAGUUUAGGUUGGAUUGUUAGGUUUGAUCUCAACACUCUGUUAAGAUUGCUCUGCCUGGUGCACAUCAGUUUUCAGGGUCAGUUAUCCAGCUACUUAUUCAGUUAGGUAGUAAGCUAGCUAGUAGUUAUUAGUAUUGUAGGUGUGUGGUCACUGUUCUGUGUAGCCGGUAAGGUGAUCUUCAAGUGUGACAGACAACAUAAGGACAAGAAGAAGGUCUGUUCCAUUUCAUCCAAAACGUCUUAUAUCUACCAGUGGCUGGAUGUGCCAUGGGGAGACAGAGAUAUGGGGAUAUCACGCCAACAUUGUCACCAUUGAUCAUGUGACCCCUCUCCAUGAAGCCUGCCUGUCAGGACAUGUAGCCUGUGUCAGAGCAUUAAUAAAUGCUAAGGCUAAUGUAAAUGCUGCUACCAUCGAUGGUGUCACUCCUCUGUUCAACUGUUGUGCCUCUGGGAGUGUUGGUUGUAUGGAACUGCUGCUGCAGAAUGGAGCACACACACACACAUCACACGCACACUUCCCCUCGGCUCUGCACGAAGCCUGCAAGAGAGGUAAUAGCCAGUGUGUAGAGACCCUGCUGUCUCAUGGAGCAGAUCCAGACUAUGAAGUGUCCCACUUGGGCUCUCCUCUCUACAUGAGCUGUCUACACCGACACGCAGCCUGCUCAAAGAUUCUGCUGCAUAGUGGAGCCAAUGUUAAUGUAGGCAGAGGAGGUGAUAGUCCUCUGCAUGCCACUGUCAGACAGGACAGUGCGGAUCAGGUCUCACUGUUACUGGACUAUGGAGCUGAUGUCAACAUCAGAGACAGUAACGAUCAGCGGCCUGUGGAGCUAGCACCUGUUGGUGGAAAGACACAACAGCUGCUGCUGACAUUUGAAGUUUCUCCGAGGAGUCUCUGCCAGUUGUGUCGUCUCCAGAUCAGGAACCUGCUUGGUCGAUCCAGACUGAAGCUGCUCCCCCUCCUUCCUCUCCCUCCCCUGCUCACUCACUAUCUGGAGCACACAUAGGAUGCAUAGGAUGUCAUGCAGCAUGACGGGGAAAAACAACUACAAUUCAGAUGCCAUUUCUUAAACACAUUAACCACAUUUUAUCUUAACAUAUCACAAGGUUUUGAUCUGUAUGGUUGAGUUUGGCUACUACAAUGUCUUAACAUCAAAAAACACUGCAGAUUCACUCCUACAAAGUGUAUUGCCUUUGUUUUGGGAUAACUGGCACAAACUCUGUUUAUUUGAAAUGUUUAUUCUAAAGGACUUUUCCCCUCUGACACAUAAUUCUCUGACUGACUCUUUUUUGAUCCAGACUUUGAACUAAUUGUGUCGCUAUAUGUUUGUUAAGCACAACACUUCAUAUUGUAAAUAUUUAAAUGUGUUUUCCAUUGGCGCGUGCUGGCCCUUUAGGUGUCUGUAUGUAUAUGUAAAUACCAAUAAAUAUCUGUGACAUGACCUCA